CCUGAGCACCAGAGGUCUGACGGGAUAACCUCACACACGCGCAUUCCUCGCAGGAUUUAUUAGCCAGCUGCACACGGCGCUCAAAAAAGAGACGACGAGGAGGAGAGCCGAGCGGACGCCGCAGACGAUUGAGAGGGUGAUUCUGAGACCAGGGAGAACAAAAAGAUAUCAGGAUGUUCAAGCAGUCAAAACUGACGGAUCAGACCGCCACUGGUCAAGCAGGCAUUGGAGAGGAGCCAACAGACAAAGUGGUGGUGCUCAAGAAAAGAUCCAGAGUUCCGGGUGUCAUGAUCUCACAGUUUGUGGAAGAACUUCCGGAAGGAAAGACUACUCCAGACUUCACCCGCAAACCCAUCGCCUUAACUAUUCAGGAGGGCAAGCUAGCCAUAUUCAAGGCCAUCGUGACGGGAGACCCAGCGCCGACCGUGUCAUGGUGCAGGAACAACGGAGAUGUCUCCGACACAACAAGAUACCAAACCAAAUAUGACCCUGAAUCUGGGGAGCACACGAUAGAGAUGGCCAAUGUGUCUCCGGAACAAGCAGACACCUACAAAUGCUUUGCUACCAAUGAGUUUGGGAGAGCCAUGGUCACCGCCAUGCUGAACGUCAUUGAAGUUGGAUACAAGAAGAACAAAGCACUGCAGCAGACAGUGAAGAAGGACGAGGCGAAACCUGUGCUUAAGAGGCGACGUGUUAAACUGCCAAAACCGGAAGAGAAAAGUGGAGAAGGCCCUGUCCUGGACGAAAAGUUCUGGGAACUGCUGCUAAGCGCGGACAAGAAGGACUACGAACGAAUCUGCCGCGAGUACGGUAUCACCGACUUCCGCUGGAUGCUCAAAAAACUGAACGAAAUGAAAAAAGAGAGAGAAGAGGAACAAGCACAGUUUGUUAAACACCUCAGUAACCUCAAACAUGUUGAGGUGAAAGGAGAGGGAACAGCAUCUUUUGAAUUUGACAUGGACCUCUUGGACCCCAGCCAUAGGAUUUUCCUCUACAAGGAUGGUGUAAUGGUCCCUUACAGUCUAGAGUUGGACAUGGAAAUGAAGCACAGCCUGAAACAGGUUGGGAGGAAGUACAUCUUCACUAUAAAAGAUCUUCUGCCCGAUGACGGAGGCUUCUACCAGGUGGACAUUGAGGAUGUCAACGUAAUGUCCACUGACUUCAAAAUUCCCCUGGUGGAUUUCAUUGUCAAGAUUCAGGAGGUGAAGGCCAUGGAGAGAGAGGACGCCGUCUUCGAGUGCGUCCUGUCCCGCCCCUUUUCCAAAAUUUUAUGGAUGGGAAAGAACGCACCCCUGGAACAGGGGGAUAAGUAUGACAUCACCGUGUCCGAGGACAAGCUCAUCCACAGGCUGGUGGUGAAGGACUGCAUGCUGGUGGACAAGGGGAUCUAUGCAGCUGUGGCUGGAAUCAGAUCCUGCAGCGCCUGGCUCGUAGUGGAAGCUGACAAUGACCCAAACCUGCGCGGCAAAAAGAAAGUUCGGAAAACGACCCAGGCCGGAGGGGCGGGGGUGGACCUGGCGAAAAUCGCACAGGAGCAGCAGGCCAAACUGCAGAAGGAGAGGGAGGAGAAAAAAGAGGUGGCGAAUGAUGUCGGCGAGGAAAAGCAGCCCGUCCCAGAAGCUGCGCCGGUGGCCAAUGACGACGCGGGAGCUGGGAAGAGUACAGGCCCCAAGCAGGACACAGGUUCUGGAAAAGACACAGGCUCUGGACAGGACAAAGGUCCGAAACCGGACACCGGUUCCGGGAAGGGCACGGGUUCGGGACAGGACGUGGCGCUGGUACCAGAAGCGCAAGUCCAGGCAGACGUGGGAACAGCCGCUCCGGCACCAGAACUAAGCACAGAUAAGGACGGCGCAGCAAGCAGUAACGGACAAGACAAAGUCACGGACGUGGUCGUUGAUCAUGAUGGUGCAGCAAGCAGGAAAGGGGAAGAUAUGGUGGUCCCAGACGCGGUCAAUGAGAGCAAGCUUCGCUUUACCAGUAGCUUAUCGGACGUCAGUGCUGUUCGGGGAGAACCAGCAGAACUGAGCUGUAAGCUCAGUGACAACUGUGAUGGAAUCUGGUCCAAAGAUGGGGGAAAGCUCUCCCCCACGGACGCGCUGUCCAUCUCUAAAGACGGGGCCAAUCACACGCUGCGGAUUCACAGUUGCCAGGACGCCGACUCGGGACAGUACCAGUUCGAGGCAGAGGGAUGCAAGACCGAAGCAAGGCUCACUGUGGGAGCCCCUCCCGCGUUCGACCCGGACGACCUGCACAAGUUCUCGAAGCCCGUGACGGUGCGAGUGGGUCAGAACGCGGCCUUCAAGCUGGCGUACGCCGGCCAGGACCGGCUGGAGGCCUCGUGGUUCCGGCACGGGCAGGAGCUGCAGGACGGCGGGAGCGUGAAGCUGGUGAGGGAGCCCACGCACAGCCGGCUCCUCCUCCGGGAGUGCCUGCGCUCCGACGCCGGGGAGAUCCGGGUCCGGCUGCAGAACGAGUUCGGCUCCGUCGAGGCCAAGACCACGCUCAUCGUCCUCGACAGGCCCGGCCCUCCGCAGGGCCCGGCCGAGGUGGUGAGCACCUCCUCCACGCUCCUGGAGAUCAAGUGGGGACCCCCCAAGGACGACGGCGGGUCCCCCGUGACCAGCUACAGCGUGGAGCGCCAGCAGAUCGGGGACAGCGCCUGGAAGAAGCUGGGGGAGGUCCCGGCGGAUCCCGCCGUCUACCGGGACAGGAACGUGUCGCACGGCAGGAGGUACCGCUACCGGAUCGCCGCCGUGAGCGCCGAGGGGACCAGCCCGCCGCUGGAGACCGAGUACCUGAUGGCGGGAACCUUAGUGUUCCCGGGAGCCCCCGACCCCCCCACAGUGGUCAGCGCUUUCAAGAACUGCAUCAAUUUGUCAUGGACCGCCCCGACGGAGACCGGGGGAACCAAGAUUUUGGGCUACACCCUGGAGAAGCGCAAGAAGGACACCACUCAGUGGAUUCACGUGAAUCCCGUGACCGAGCCCAUCGAAGAGGAGAAGUAUGCGGUGAAAGACGUCAUCGAAGGAGCGGAGUAUCAGUUCCGAGUGUCGGCCAUCAACAUUUCCGGAAUAGGGGACCCCAGUGGCCCCUCUCAACUCGUCUGCGCAAAAAAUCCUGACAUGAAGCCACGUUUCAAAGACCCAGAGGACUUCCUGGUGAUGCGAGCUGGAAACUCUGUUAGAGUUAAAAUCAACUAUGAGGGAUCUCCUUUGCCAGAAAUCACUUGGCUGAAGGAUGGUGAACCCCUGCCCCCCUGGGUCAGCAUUAUUAACACCGAGGGCUCGUCCCAGCUCGUGAUCCCCUCGUCCAAGCGCUCCGAUUCCGGGGUAUACACCAUCAAAGCCAAAAACUCCCUCGGCCAGGCCAGCUUUGAUGUGGAGGUCAGAGUCGCAGACGAGCCCAAGCCCCCGGGCCCCAUCGAGCUGGAGCAGACGGUCCACGGGAAGGUGCUGGUGUCCUGGGCGCCCUCGCCGGACCAGGAGGAGGACGACCGGCUGCACUACGCGGUGGCGCAGCACGACUCCGGCGCCCGCGUCUGGCGGACCGUGGCCGACCGCCUCUUCGCCACCAGCCACACCGCCCUCAACAUCGAGUCCGGCCGCGAGUACCACUUCCGCGUGUUCGCCAAGAACGACAUCGGCCUCUCCGAGCCCUCCGAGUCGCCCACCUGGGGAGCCAACAGCCUCAAAGUCUCGAUGGCAACAACGAGCACAGGUACAGCCCUCGUGCUGGACAGGCCGCCGUCGAUCCUCGUCCCCCUGAAAGUCCACAGCCACCCCAACGGCUACCAGUGCUACAUGACCUGCGCGGUCAGCGGGUCCCCUACGCCCCACGUCACAUGGUUCCUCAACGACGCCAGCCUGGAGGCCAACAACAACUACUACAUCACCAACGCGCACGGGGUCUGCUCCAUGUACAUCCUGCGGGUUUCGCCCAGGGACCACGGCGAGUACAGGGUCGUCGCGGUCAACUCCUUCGGCAAAGCGGAAUGCUCCACCAACCUCACCGUCAAAGAUUAAGCAGCAAAGACGGAGAAGAUGAUGAAGAACACCCGGGAGAAUGAUUAUUAAAAUUAUUCAUGUUUUCGAUUGUCUGUAAAUUUACAAUAUAUAUACUGUAUUUACAAAGAGAUUAUUUUCAUUGCAAAUGUAUGGUAAAGUGAUUCUGCAUGCCUCCAGUGUAAUGGAGAAGGUUAGACAAAGACUGUCCCUUUUGGACAAAGGAUGAUAUACUGACCCAGCACAACCCACAUCCACGUACUGACAUAUAGUACAGGCCAAAGAAGAAAUCGCAUACUGUGUAUAUAACACAUGGGAAUCAGUAAUCAGCAUGACCAGUGAUUGCAUUUAAAUGGCACAAUACCUGCUAAAUUUGUACACAGACAUUCUCUAAGAUGCCAAAUAAUUAUAACACCUUACACAAGGUAUCAACCAAGAUUUAAAAAAAAAAAGAAACUGAAUCGCUUUAUCAACUUCUUUGGUUUCCUGAAUUCAGUGGAUGCCAUUAUCCAAAGCAGCUUACACAGGGUAUAUUUUUUACAUGCAAUGCAUUUAUACCGCUGACAUUUUAUUGAAGCAAUUCGGGUUAAGUACCUCGCACAAGGGUACAACGGCAGUGCCUCAAACUGGGAACCAAACCCGCAACCUUUGAGUUACUAGCCCGAGGUCGCAGUAAAAGUGACCCUCUACAUUAACAGGGAUGUUCUUGGAAUGCGUCGUAAUUAACAGGCUGAAUUCCUUGUCUGGGUCCAACCAGAGAAAGAGCACAACUCUUGAUUGGUUCCAUUUUCCCCCAAGUGUGCCGGUAACACGGUUGUCUUAUUAGUCGUACAGUAUCUAUGCAGAAAUGUGCGGUGUGUGAAUUGUAUUACUCCAGCAAGAUUUCAGUGUUAAUUUAGCAUCAACGGUUGUACUGUUUUGUGUUGGAAUAAAAAUUUGAUCUCUUACCCCAGGGUGGGGUGGAAGG